CAUGAAUGUAUGUGUGUGGGGAGCACUGUUGGCUGUAUGUAACCUAACCUAAAAAUCAUAAACGAAACGUAACGUAAAUAAUACUUUGCCACUACGUAUAAAAUAAUAUAACAAAGUAGAAUUAUUGAGUCCUUACUCUACACAAGUGUGUACGUACCACAACUGCUGCAAAAUGAGCUCUGCAAAGGGGAGUAUGAAUAGGCAAAGACCUCAAAAACACCAAAACAGAACAGCCUUUAAAAACAAUCUGCAUGAUACCAGCACGAAAACCAAGUUUCUUAAUUCUAUGGACGUCUCAGGGGUGUGCCAGAAGUGCAAGAAUAUUAUUGAGUGGAAAAUUAAGUACAAGAAGUAUAAGUCGCUUACAGCCCCAAAAAAAUGUGUUGGUUGCGAACAAAAAACUGUGAAGCACAAUUAUCAUGUCCUGUGUAACAAAUGCGCAAGAGAGAAGGAUGUAUGUGCGAAGUGCUACAAGAAAGCGGAGGUUAUUGAGGCAACCCAGACUGAUGCACAGAUGGAUGUAGCAGCUUUAGUGAAAACAUUACCUGAACGGAAGAGGAGAACUGUCAUGAGGUUCAUCAAUAAACUUGGAGGUGAAGUGACUCCUGAUGUGAGAUCACAAAUUGAAGAAAUGGUUGCAAAGCUAGAAUCAACUUCUUUGGACAACACUGAAUUCGACUCAUCAAGUGAUGGUGAUUCUUGUGAAUCUGAUGAAGAUUAGUAGAUUUUCUUAAUUAUUGUAUUUUGUAAGUCUUUAUUAAAGAUAAGAUCUAAGUUUAAUAAAACCCCACAAAUAUA